AGGGAGAUAAGCUAAGCACAAGUAGCUAGCUAGCAGCUGCUAGGAGUAGGAGAAACAUCAAUCAACAUAGCAUUAAUGGAUGACGAAGCCAUGAGAGACAGAGGGGAGGAUGCAGAGAAGGGCGAGAGGGAGAGGAAGACCGAGGGGGCUAGGAAGGUGCCCUUCUUCAGCAUGUUCAGGUACGCCAGCCGUGCCGACAUGGCGCUGAUGGCCGUCGGCACUGUGGCGGCCAUGGUUAACGGCAUGGGCGACCCGCUCAUGACCGUCGUCUUCGCCGCGGUCAUCGAGUGUUUCGGCGCCGGCGACAACGUCCUCCAGCGGGUCAGCAAGGUUGUUAUGUACUACAUCUAUUUGGGAAUUGGGACAGCGGUAGCUUCAUUUCUCCAGGUGUCAUGCUGGACAAUGACUGGAGAAAGGCAGUCAAUACGCAUCCGAUCUCUAUACCUUGAAGCUGUUCUAAAACAGGAUGUUUCAUUCUUUGAUGUGGAGAUGACAACUGGGGAAGCAAUUUCCAGAAUGUCUGCGGACACUGUACUGGUCCAAGAUGCCCUUGGAGAGAAGGUAGGCAAGUAUGCACAGCUUUUGACAACCUUUGUUGGAUGUUUUAUCAUCGGAUUCGUAAGAGGCUGGAUGUUAGCUCUUGUUAUGCUCGCAUGCAUACCUCCAAAUAUUCUGUCUUUUGCAAUCAUGUCUCGGUUACGUGCUCAAAUAUCAGCCAGGAGGCAGGCAUCGUACACUGAUGCGGGCAAUGUCGUCGAACAGACCAUUGGAGCUAUAAGAACGGUUAUCUCCUUCAAUGGUGAGAAGAAAGCAAUCGCAUUGUACAACACUCUUACAAAAAGGGCAUAUAAGGCUACGGUCUUGGAAGGGAUUGCCACUGGUCUAGGAACAGGCGGUAUCUUUUCUGUUUUCUUCUGCGGUUACUCUCUAGCCUUUUGGUAUGGUGCUAAGUUAAUCAUCAACAAAGGUUAUACUGGAGGGCAAGUCGUCAAUGUCGUAUUUGCAAUGUUAACUGGUUCAAUGGCUAUAGGUACCGCAUCACCCUCAAUUUCUGCUAUUGCAGAAGGGCAAUCUGCAGCAUAUAGGUUGUUUGAGAUAAUGAACAAAGAACCAAAGAUUGACAUCACCGACACUUCUGGAAUAGUAUUGGACGGUAUCAGGGGCGAUGUUGAACUCAACAAUGUGUUCUUUAGAUAUCCUGCAAGGCCUGAGCAGUUGAUACUUAAUGGGUUGUCUCUACAUGUACCUAGUGGUACUACAAUGGCUAUAGUUGGAGAGAGUGGAAGUGGUAAAUCAACAAUAAUUAGUUUGGUGGAGAGAUUCUACGACCCACAAGCUGGCGAUGUGCUGAUAGAUGGAAUCAACAUCAAGAGUAUGAAACUCCAGUGGAUAAGAGGAAUGAUCAGUCUUGUUAGCCAAGAACCAUUGCUUUUUAUGACCUCCAUCAAAGACAACAUAACCUAUGGUAAAGAGGAUGCUACGCUUGAAGAGAUCAAGAGAGCAGCUGAGCUUGCAAAUGCAACAAAUUUCAUCGAAAAGUUGCCUAAUGCGUAUGAGACAAUGGUUGGUCAGAAUGGUGCUCAACUUUCUGGAGGGCAGAAACAAAGGAUUGCCAUUGCAAGAGCGAUCCUUAAAAAUCCAAGAGUCCUUCUGCUGGAUGAAGCUACUAGUGCUUUGGAUGUGGAGUCUGAGCGAGUAGUUCAAGAAGCGUUAAAUCGGAUCAUGGUAGGGAUAACUACACUCAUUGUUGCUCAUCGGCUGAGUACAGUCAGAAAUGCAGAUUGCAUAGCAGUGGUUCAUCAAGGAAAGGUAGCUGAACGAGGUAAGGGAUACUUCCACAUCCAAUAUAUGGUUUUCUUCUUCUUGGAACCUAGUCAAUUCUUUUCCUUCACAAAUUUAUUUCAUGCAGGUGUCCAUGAUGACCUGAUAAAGGAUCCUGAUGGAGCUUACUCUCAUCUUAUUCGGCUACAACAAGCCCAUACUGAAGAAACACCUGAGAUGCCAUAUGUGGCAAGUUCAAGAUUCAAAAGUACAAGUAUAUCUUUGGAACAAUCUAUCAGGGAUUCUCCCAGGAAUAGAAGACAACACUCCAGUAAAUCCCUUGGACUGUCUAGAUCGGAUGAUUUGUUCAGGCAUGUUGCUAGCAGAGAGGAACACCUAGAAAUUGGUGAUAGUGAGGCUCCAAAGAAAGCACCAAUUGGACGCCUGUUUAAUCUUAGCAGGCCAGAAGCACCAAUUCUCCUGUUAGCUAUCAUAGCUGCCACUCUGCAUGGACUUCUUUUCCCAUCAUUCAGUAUUAUGAUGUCUGGUGGUAUAAGAACAUUCUACUAUCCAGCACACCAACUUCGAAAAGAUUCAACAUUUUGGGCAUUGAUGUGCCUUCUGAUGGCAAUCAUUUCCCUGGUUUCAAUCCAAUUGGAAUUUUACUUAUUUGGAGUAGCCGGUGGGAAACUUAUAGAACGUGUGCGUGCUUUGUCUUUCCAAAGCAUCAUUCAUCAAGAGGUUGCUUGGUUUGAUGAUCCUUCGAAUUCCAGUGGCGCACUUGGUGCAAGGUUGUUUAUUGAUGCUUUGAACAUCCGACGCCUUGUAGGAGAUAACUUGGCCGUACUAGUGCAGUGCACAGUAACACUUAUUUGUGGCUUUGGCAUAGCAUUUGCUUCAGACUGGAAGCUUACACUGAGUAUCAUAGGUGUCAUUCCUUUUCUGGGUUUGCAGAAUUAUAUCCAAUUGAGGUUUCUGAAAGGGUUCGGUGAAGAUGCUAAGGUGAUGUAUGAAGAUGCAAGUCAAGUUGUGGCUGAAGCAAUUGGUAGUAUUCGAACUGUAGCAUCUUUUGGUGCAGAGAAGAGAGUGAUUACCCUAUACAGCCAAAAAUGCCAGGCUUCAAUGAAACAGGGAAUUAGAAGUGGAAUGGUCGGAGGUGUUGGUUUCAGUUUCUCAAAUUUAAUGUUGUAUCUCACAUAUGCUCUUUGUUUCUAUGUUGGUGCACAGUUUGUACAUGACGGCAAAUCAACCUUUCAAAAUGUUUUCAGAGUUUACUUUGCCUUGGUUUUCACCGCUUUUGGAAUUUCCCAAACAAGUGACAUGGCAUCAGACUCAACGAAAGGUCGAGAAUCUGCGACAUCCAUACUAUCAUUCAUAGACAGGAAGCCCAAAAUUGACUCAACCAGUGAUGAAGGUAUAAAGCUAGAAAAAGUUGAUGGCACCAUAGAGUUCAACCAUGUAAGGUUCAAGUACCCAUCCCGACCAGAUGUCCAAAUAUUCAGCGACUUCACUUUGCGUAUUGCUUCCGGAAAGACUACUGCACUUGUCGGAGAGAGUGGAAGUGGCAAGUCCACAGUAAUUGCUUUGCUGGAGCGAUUCUAUGAUCCGGACUCUGGCACAAUCUCACUAGACGGAACAGAACUUAGAAAGUUAACACUGAGUUGGUUAAGAGACCAAAUGGGACUAGUAAGCCAAGAACCAAUACUCUUCAAUGACACAAUUCGUGCCAACAUAGCAUAUGGAAAGCGAGGAGAAGCAACUGAAGAAGAGAUAAUCACCAUGGCCAAGGCAGCCAACGCUCAUGAGUUCAUAUCGGGCUUGCCACAGGGAUACAACACUAACGUUGGUGAGAGAGGAACACAACUAUCUGGUGGGCAAAAGCAACGGGUAGCUAUUGCCAGGGCGAUCUUGAAGGACCCCAGAAUACUUCUGCUCGACGAAGCAACAAGCGCCCUGGACGCUGAAUCAGAGCAUAUUGUUCAAGAUACACUGGACCAAGUGAUGGUCAGCAGGACCACCAUUGUCGUAGCACACCGCCUGUCGACGAUCAAAGGAGCAGAUAUGAUCGCAGUUAUCAAAGAUGGUUCAGUUGCCGAGAAGGGGAAGCAUGAAUCUCUCAUGGGCAUCAAGGGUGGAGUCUACGCAUCACUGGUCGAACUACACUCGAAGGCGGCAUAAGGGGAUGUGCAGAUAUUUAUUGUUCCUUUCUUGUUUUCCGAACUAUGAGAUGCAAAAUGCAUGUGUCAGUUUGUAUUACAAUUCGUGCAAUGUAAAUUGCACAUAAAUUUCAAGGGCAUUCUCCUAAAUUCUAGUUUUAUUUUAGGCCUAUGA